GUGAUAAAUUUGGCGGGAGUUUGGAAGAUUUUUCAAAAAGAAGAAAUUUACACAGUUUCCAUUUGUUGAUAUCUGCAAAUUUUUAUAGGAAGCAAAAGUGCAGGUGAUGGUUAUUUGGAUGUUGAAACCAACCAUGCAUGACCACAGUGACCAUAUAGAGGAUAUCCUUGAUGACAGUUUUCAUAGAUAUUCUGUUUACCUGAAUGGCUGAAGGAUUAAUGCAAUAAAGUUAUUGACAGGCAUUUCAAUGAACUGAACUAAAAAUGAUGAGACAGGUUAUUGUUUUGUGUUUAAUUCAAGCUGUGCUUGCGAAAGAGAUAACUGGAUGUACCAAUGCAGAAAAAACUUCUGAUGGCACCAAAAACAAAACCUGCUGGACCAAUGACCAAUGUAGUGAUGACCACUUCUGUGUCACACAUCUAAUGCUAUGUUGUCCUAUCUUACAAUUGCCUAAGCCAGUACUGGUUGUAGAACCAAACAUUUUACCAAAGACUGAUCCAGAACCAAAUGAUAUAUGUAAUUAUCCAGAAAAAGAUACAAAUGGCUUGAAAAAAGCUUGCAGUAAAACAAACACGACUUGUAGCAAGAACUACCUCUGUAUGAUGGGAACUUGUUGUCUGGAUGGAUCUAAAUUGAAUUUUGUACCGGUACCAUUAACAAAAAGUAGUAGUUCUUGUCCAUCAGUUGAGAACAUGCCUGUAGGUUUAUGUUUUGACAUUCAGGACAGUAUAAGAUGUGGGAAAGACCAAGUUUGUCAAGGGGAGCAACUCUGUUGUCCAAGUGGGUGUGGAUCUGUUUGUACCAAUCCAGAAAAACCAUUGAAACCAUGUCAAAAACAAUUAAGAAUGGCAGCACUUCAGUUAUUUGCACAGAGAGAAAAUGAAAUAUGUUCAGCCAUAUUUUUGCCAAGGUGCGAUAGUGAUGGACAAUUUCAGAAAAAGCAGUGUUUAGAUUCACAUGGAAUCUGCUGGUGUGUGCAUUCAAAUGGAACAAAAAUUAAAGAUUCAGAUGUAAGGGGAAACCCAGAUUGCUCAAAAGCAACAAGAGCAGGAAGUUGUCCUAGUCCUGAUCAAUGGACCAUGAUGGAUUUAUUAGACGAUGGCUGCAAGUCUGAUGAUAAUUGUUCUGGACCUGAUGAUAAAUGCUGCUUUAAUGGAUUAGGGAACCAGUGCGUGCCACCAGAUGGCAUGCUUACAACUGAAAGAGACAGAAGAAGUUUACCAACACCAGGAUGUUCUAAUGGAAAGAUGAUGAAGUGUUGUGCCAUUGAUCUCUGUUUGCAUGCUGUUUGUCCCAAUAAUCCACAAGCUGUGUGUCGUAUCAAUCCAUGCAAUGACUGUUCCACUGAGUUCUAUGACCAGAUCAAUCGGAAAGUAGACAGCUGUUUUGAUGGCAUAUCAAAGUGUGAAAGAAUGCAAUAUGGUAGGCUGGGAAAAGCUGCUCCAAUUCUCUACUGGGCAGACACAACAAACCCACCAUAUCUACAAUCCAUGGGAUCAUCUAGAAAUCAAAUGUUGGGUGUGGUCACUCCUUAUUGGGCAGACACAACAAACCCCCCAUAUUUGCAGUCAUAUAGCUUUAACUCACCACAGGACUCCAAACAGAAACAGGCUUCAUCCACAUGGCUUGAUAUUAUGUUCUUAUUACAAAAAAUUACUGAUGAUAAUGAUGAAACUUCUUCCCUGAUUGCAGGAGGGGCAGGAAUUGGAGAUGAUAUGUUCCAAUCAAAAAGGGGAGAUUUUGUUUGUCCAGUAAUUUUGCCGACUACAGCAGGAAUCUGUCAACAGGAAUGUAACAGUGACACAGACUGUGUGUCUAGUAAAAUGUGUUGUUACAAUGGAUGUGCCAAUACAUGUCAAAACCCUGUACAAGUUAUGUCAGAUGAAGUAUGUAAACUACCACCUAUAUCAGGUGAAUGUAUCAGCAAACAAUAUGUAAACAGAACAUAUUUCAACCAAGCAACAGGCAAAUGUGAAACAUUUAGGUACAGAGAUGGCUGUCAUGGCAAUGGCAACAACUUCCUGUCAAAUGAAGCAUGUGUUCGAGGAUGUAUUCCAGGUAUCCCUGACUUGUGUUUAAGUAAUCCUGAUCCAGGGAUGUGUGAAGGUUACUUUCCAAUGUGGUCUUAUAAUGUCACCUCAAAUAGAUGUGAACAGUUUGUUUACGGUGGUUGUGAUGGCAACAGAAACAAGUUUUCCACUGAAAAGCAGUGUUACAUGUCAUGUGGGACAUCACUUAAUUUGCCAUCUGUUUGUCAAAAACUAUCAUGCCAAGAAAAUGCUGUUUGUUUAGCUUAUAAUGAAACAUAUGGAGAAUGUUUAAUGAAAACGGAUAUAUUACCAGAGUUACACUACUAUGUGGCUGACUGUGAUGCUUCAGAUGGAUCAUUUAUUGCUGAGCAGUGUGCAGGAACUGUAUGCUGGUGUGUUGAUGUACAAUCUGGUACCUACAUUAAGGAUACAAUGAGGAUUGGACGUGCUCAGUGCAAUACCUCAGAUGCUAACAAUUUGACAGAUUCACAUAAACCAGUUUGUUCAAAUGGUAACAUUCCAUCACCCUGCAUAGGAGCAUGUGGAAAGUCAACCUGUAGGGGAAAUCCCAGUGCUAUUUGUGUACCUGAUCCAUGUAAUAAUUGCUCUAUCCAUUUCGAAAAUGAUCAAGGGGAACCAGUUGUUUGUGGAAUGGAUAAAUGCAAGAGCCACAAGCCUGAUCAUUCAGACCACCAGGAGCAUGUCGGGGAAUUUGCUUGUGGAAAUCCUGUCAUGAGAUAUGUUUAUAACAUAUUUACAUUUAAAUGUGAAAGUUUCUUGUACACCAAGUGUGAAGGUCCGGACGUUUACUUCAGAAGUGUGUUUGAUUGUCAAGACCAAUGCACAGGUUCAAUGUGUGAAAAUUCGCAACCAAAGACAUGUGACAACACAUGUGCAUCAAUGACCUGUCCUUAUUUGACUGGUGCCCUGUGUCAGGUUAAUCUCUGUACCUGUCAACCAGAAUUUUAUGAUCCAGUUACUAUGGAGAAGGUCUCCUGCAAUAAAGUUUAUCCAGUUUGUCAGCAACAGAGAAGCUUGGUACAUAACUGGAUGGUGAAAAGCAUUAAGGGUGCUGAUAAUUCAAAAAGAUGGAAGCAGUUACCAGUUUGUGAUGAAAAGGGAGAUUUUAUUCCGCAGCAGUGUUUUAAAAAGUUGUGUUGGUGUGUUGAUGGGAUAGGAAAUACAAUCCACAAUAGCCAAAAGGUUCUGUCCAAUUCCUAUCAGUCAAUUGAUUGUAUGAAGAAUAUCACAACAGCAGCAACUAUUACAUUCAGCUUCUUAGAAGAUUAUGACAUGUAUGCUAAAAACAAAGAAGAGAAAGUCAAAAGUUUGAUUUCUGAUGCAUUAAGAAAGCUUUCUCCAGACUUUUCAAGAAUACUUAAGAGAGUAACAGUACAAAGAGGAAGUAUCAAAGUUGGUGUUGAAUUAGAAGCAAGUUCCAGUGAGGAAUUUCCACAAGUUGCUUCCCAUGCUAACCUUUUGGAAAGUCAGAUAAGAGAUGGUUUUACUGUUGAUAUGGAUGGCAAACUAAUGACUGCAAAUAAGGAAUCUGUAGAAACAACCUUGAACUUUGAACCCCAGGAAUCACCAGACAAAGCUACAAAGCUGGAUGGUGGAACUAUUAGCAUGAGGACAAUAAUAAUAAUAAUAAUUGUUGUUUGUGCUGUAAUUUGUCUGCUGUUUAUAAUUAUAAUGAUAUGUGCCAAAAGGAGAUCAUCAAGAAGCAAAGAAGCUGAUCUUAUGACAGUUGAGAAUGUCCAUCAGCCAAAUUCUUGUUAUUUUAAAAAUGAGGCAUGUGAUUUGAAAGAUGAACAAGGGGGUGACAAAAAGGACGAAAAAUCCUGAAUUUAGAUGCAGAAGAUUAUAUAUUGUUUGAUGAAAUCCAAAUUCCAUUAUUAUGUGUUGUGAUAUGAUAUUAACUUUUAUCAUUUGUAUAAAAAAAAGGCAAAUGUGAGUUGGUGUCAAUAAGACUAAACCCCUACUUCACAACAAUUAUAUUUUUAUCAUGUAUUUUAUAAAUAUAUAAUUCAUUUCCAAACUAUACAAUGAUGACAAAUUAUAUAGUUACCUAGAAAUAGGAGGUUUCUCUAUAAUUAUAUGAGUGUUUAGAUGGAACUCCCAAAAUGAAUUUGGAAAUAUUUUCAAUAUAUUUAGAAAAAAGGAAAUUUGAGAAUUGAAUUGUUUUUAUUGUAAAAAAAAUUUAAGGAAAAGUUAGGCUCAUAUUUCUACAAAUGUGAAUAUUUCAGAUGAGUUAAACUUAUUCACUACUUAAUUUAUAGAAACUAUUCAGUUUGUGUUUAAACAUUCAUGAAUUAUAGAGACACUAGGUAUUUAUAUAAUUUCUCAUCAUUACUAUGGAUUUUGAGAGACUCUCAUUAAUUUUCAUCCAGCUUCAAAAUUCACCCUUUAAUUACACAUGUAGAUAGUUAAUAUUAAAUUCUUUACAGAAUAAAAAGACUGAUACCAAGUUUACUCAUUACAUUUAAAACAUAUAUGGUAUGAAAAUCCUGGAUUCCAAAACAUUCAUAUUAUAAUACCAUACCUAAUGUAUCAUGAUGCUAUGGAAGUCAGAAAUAAAUUCAUUAUAAUAAUCUUCCUCCAGCUCCUUUUGAAAAAGGGAGUUAAUUUGGUGUACAUUUUUAUACUAGACAGUGUUUGUGUAUAUAGUGUAUGUUGUAUUUUAUUUCAGUGAAAGUUAACUCUUAAUAUGCACCUUUUAAGAAAGUAUUGAUUCAAAAUUUAUAUCAGAAUACACCUCAUCCCUCUUUGUUCAUCUUUUCUGGCUCUUACAGAUAUUUCUGUUAAAUAUUAUAUAUAAUGAGAGAAAAAGUUAGGAUAACAAUGCUAAAAAUUUGUAUGAGGUCAAAGUUCAAGCAUCAUAAAAUUUUGAUAGAUUCCGAAAUAGCAAUAAGGUCUAUGUAAGUUAUGUAAGAGUCAAAUAGUUUUGCAUGUGUUCAUGUAUCUAUUCAAGUGUCUUUUACUACAAUAUAAGUUCAUGUUAUACAUUUGUACAAGGCAUUGUUUUGUUUAUUGAAUUAUAUUAUCAUUUU